UAAUUUAUAUAUAUAAUGCUAGCAGUCAAUAGUGGCUUAUGCACGACAGUGGAAGGACGGGUAUGGUGAUAAUCUGAAGGUUUGGACGUAGUGGAGUACCGGGAAUACAGUAAGUAGUCUAUGAUGUGUAAAGUAACCUAUCAGAACAUCACAGCGCUGGUCGCUAUCGGCACACUUCUCCUGUCGCUGUGUUCCACUGAUUCUCAACCAGAAAGGCAGGGCUUCCAUGAUUCCAAGGUCGUCCGAGACGCAGAACACAUUCAAGAACAUUUAGAUGGUUUUGCUCAAGUAAAUACAACUACUAUGUCUAACGAGGAACUCGAAUUUCACUACUUUAAAUUACAUGACUUUGACAACAAUACGCGGUUAGACGGCCUAGAGAUAUUAAACGCACUUACGCAUAUGUUACCUUAUGAAGAGGCCUCAAAGCUUGACUUGAAAGGGAAAACGCCAGAUGAAGUAGUUGAAAUGAAGGCUAAAGCUAAAGAAGAUGAAAUGAAAUAUUAUACAGAUAUCGUUGAUCGAGUGUUAGAAGAGGAUGAUUUAGACAAUGAUGGAUAUUUAAAUUAUCUCGAAUAUCGAAUAGCAAGGAAAAGAGACGAGGACGAAUACGAAAAGGAGAAGGCAGCAGAGAAGAAAGAAAAGCAGGGACAUUCCGGAAGAUGAAAGGGCCACGGAAUUAUUGUUUGUGUCUGGGGUUUGCUUACAUUUUACCUAAGUUCUUUUCACCGAAAAAUCUAUGGAUCGAAAUGUUCCACUCUUAAGUCUAUCAGGUAUAGACUCCCCAAGCCAACACUUCAGACGCAGUCGACUGGCCCGUCUGCAAGAGACGAAUAGGAUGAUGAAAUGGCUGCCCCUCGAGUCAAACAUGCAGCUGACAUUUAUGUAAGCCAAGGAGAACAAUAAUCUGACUAUACAACAUAGUCGACUAACCACAACGAACAACGAGAUAUGCAUAGAUGAACCCUUUAUUUUCAUCAUACUGUUCGAUCACAUCAUUUUUAUUACUUGAUUACAGUGAUCAUUUGUAAUUUCUGCUGCUGAUAAUUUUUACCUUGUGUUUGUCCCACCAGUUAGUUUGACCAUCCUGAACUUCAGGCAAACACUCGAGUGCGAGGGGGAGGAUACGACUGACUCCGGUUUUUCGAGUAUGUCCAGAGACUGGAAUGUGCGGCUGCUAGGAGAUGGUGGGCAGUCGAGUCUUGUCUUCAGUUGAUGGUGUGUUUAGGUCUCCGCCAAAAAUCAAAAAUUGAACAUCCGUAAUUUAAUACUUGAUGACGAAGAACUGAGACUGAACGAAUAAAGACCAUAUACAUGUAGUACUCUUAUAUUUCUUUUAUGAUUGUGAUAUGCUUAGUUAAUUUGCGCUCCUGUCAAUAAAGAUAUUAUCAUCAUGA